UUUGAGUCCAAGAAAAAGAAUAAAAAUCAGAGAAAGAAUAAGGAUCCAAAGGUUACUCAAGGUGAUGACCUGUAUGUACCGCAAGAGGAAACUGAAGAACAAGUGCAAGUCCUCAAUUGUCUCUCAGCCGCAGAUAGCACUUCACUUUCCUGUUAGCUACAAUGGUGAUUAUCCUAGUUCUGUGAUUGUUGUUGCUGCAAGAGCUGAUGGAUGGGCUACAGGAAGAGGAACUUAAGCAUGAAAUUGAGCAUGAUGUGGAGGAAAGAAAGCUCGAAGAGAAGUUGGAGUAUCAAAGGCAGAUUGCGGAAGAGGAUAAGCAUACAAAUCUAGCCAAGCAAAAUAAGCAUGCAGUUGCAUCCAUAGCAGAGGAGGUGGAAGAAAUGGAUGUCGCUUGCGCCACUGACUUAGGGUCAGGAUUGAGAAAUGUUGGUGAAAACAAUUGCUUUAUAAAUGUGAUUGUACAGUCUCUCUGGCAUUUAAGAACAUUUAGAGGCAAGUUUUUGAGAAGAUCAACACCUGCUCAUGCUCAUAUCAAAGAUCCCUGUAUUGUUUGCGAAUUACAUGGUAUUUUCACUGCCCUAAGAGAAGCUAAGGAAGGAGAUGAUGCUGCUUCUCCUACCACUUCAAGAAUUGCUCAGAGCAAAUGGCAAGAUGGGACAAAAGAAUGAUGCUUCUGAAGCUAUUUUGGAUGUUCUUCAUUGGUCAUUUACUUUUGGUUCUGAUACUAAAAUUACCGGAAGUAGUUACACAGACUCGGAAUUGUGAUAGCGAUGCUUGUAUAGCACAUACAGUUUUUGUAAUGAACAUAAUUGAAAAACCGAACUGUAAUGCUUGUAGUACUGCUGAAUCCCGACAUAUGAAUUAUCUUUGGAAAUGGACAAAUGCGUCUGCAAUCAGACAAUUGAAGCAUGAUCAUCCGAAUGAGCUUUUGAAACGCGAUAUAAGGGAAAAACAUCAGAAUAGUCGUGGCGACUGUAGCAAACGAAACAUUCUUCACUGCAUUCUUUCAACUCCUCCACAUGUUCACAAUAGUUGGGAGAAUCUUGAAGAGCCUGCACAUAAAAUAUCUGCAACAUUGGGAUCUCUGAGUACCAAGAUAGAUAUUGGUGUCAUCUACGAGGGUUUAGAUCCAGGAAACACACAUUAUCUUAUUUCAAUGGUUUGUUAUGGCCUAGAGCACUACAUCUGCUUUGUUUACAACCGUGCGAAAGAAAAUUGGAUUUUGUAUGACGAUGAUAAAGUGAAGGUUAUUGGUAGUUGGGAUGGUGUUCUUGCCAUGUGUUCAAGAAAGCGUUUGCAACCCUAACUUCUAUUUUUUGAAGUGAAGGGAAGUAUCUCUGUAACACCUUUGGAGGAAACCAAGGUGCCUGACAAUCCUUUAAGCAACCUUUUUUUAAAGCUAGGCUAUCCUGAAUAUCAUUCUAAUCUAUAAAAAAUUGAAAAAAUAAUAAAAUUGGCAUGCUAUACAUGUUGACACGACAUCUGCAAAUUUCCAGAACUUGUUUGGGUGGUUAUAUUCCCAAAGAAAUAUGUAGCAAUGAAAAGGGCUUUAUGCCUACUUAUAAAGUGACUUAUUAUGUAUUACAUACAAUUAUUGUUGUUUACCAUCUAAGGUUGUUUUAAUGUCAUUAUACAUCUUAAGAUAUAGAUAAAAUGGGGCAUAUACAGGCAAGUGCUUGUGUUUUGGAUUGUUGCUCUUUCAUGGGUGGGGAAAUUUGAUCCGACGAAAGAUUCUCUGAAUAACUAACAAAAAAAAUAAAACAAAAUAAAAUUGACGAAGUAAAAUAAAACCAAAUAAUGAAUUGAGUGUUCCAUAUUCCUUCUGAAACAUAAAUGAGGAAAUAUGAGCUUGCCAUAUUGAGAGGUAGCUAAAGGAGAUUCCGGACUUCUAAAAUUUAUAUUUAUUUCAUUUACUCAAGUAGUUGAAAACUAUGGAAGGGCCUUUGCUCGGAUUUCUGGUUUGUCCACAAUUUUCAGAGAUAUCAUGAGCACAUAAGGACCGUAAUGAGCCAAAGGGUGCCUUCAAAGCUAUCCUUAGGGUUGACUUGAUAUUUAGAAAUAUUGAUUUAACAGAAACAUUAGGGCGAGAUUGUUAGAUUUUGGUGUAAUUUUAUAUUUUAUUACUAUUUGUUUGUAUUCAAUAUUCAAAUUUGUAGUUUAAAUUCUAUAAAAUUUGUGGGUUUGUGGGUUAUUGUUGGUUAGUGAUUCUUUAGCUUCUAUUAUUUGUAGUAAAAUUUGUUAUUUGUAGCAAUAUACUUUAUAAUUUUUUAUUUUUAUUUUUCUGUAGAUAUGGAUUUGGGUGGUGAACACCUAUUUAGUCAUUCUCUUCAGAGACAGUCUGAUAGUGUUAUUUAUGUACUUGAGGGUGACUUGGGAAACCAUUCCUAUGGUUAUACCUCCAUGCAAAAUUGUGUUGAGGAUUAAACUUUUAAAAUUAGCACACUGGAUUAUAAAACUGAUGAGGAGGCCUUUGAAGGGUUUAUCUGCUUGAAGUCUUGCAAAAGGUUAUAUGUCUUCAAUGGUUUCAUGUUAGAUAACAACAUUUUAUUAGUAGAAAGAUUAGGACCCGACUUGGCAACGUACUUUCAAGAUGAAUACACAACAUUUGUGAGAAAGGGUUAGCCUUACACUCAUUGGUUUGAGUUUAUCAAGGACAAAUUUUGUGCAAUUUCAGGUAUUGUUUUUCUUCUAAUUAUUAUGUUUAAUAAUAAUAUUUUGUAAUUAUUAUUUUUUGCAAUUAGUUAUAAUUGUUGUUAUGUAGGGAUAUGCUCAACGGAUUACGGCGCAUAUAUUCAUUACAAUUUGUGAGUGAAAUGAGGGUUGGCGGUACUUCAAUAAUCAAUAAUUGUGCGAAACUUUUUUUUAUUCAUAAUCCUAAAUCUGGUAUGUUUAGCAAGUUAUAUUUUUUUUAUUUUUUAUUUUAGACUCUUUAUUUUAAUAAUUUCUUUUCUUGGUAUUGAAGUUUUUUUUGUUUUACAGAUUUUUUUUUUUUUACGAAGUAUUUGACGAGCUUGUUGAACUAAAAGAAAUAAUCAUUGAAAUUUUAUUGAAGCCGUGUGGUAAUUGGGAUGGUUCUUUAAAGAUGUUGGAAAAUUGGUUUCAUCAACUGGCUAUACCAGGUGAUUUGUACUGCUUUGUGUAUUUUUUGUGUGAUGAAAAUUAUUUGUAAGUUUUAUUUUUAUUUUUUCAAAGCUUUGUAUUUAUUUAUAUAUUUUUCAAUUCACUUUUUUUUUUCUUUUUGUUGGAAUAAUGUUGAUUUGGAUUGGUUACUUGAUAAUUCUUUUUUCUAGAAUACAAUGGAGAAAUCUAAGUUCAUUCGUAAGUUGGGUAACAUUUUACACGUACAACAAAGGUUAGAUACCUCUUUUCUUGACAAGUAUAUACAUGAAUAUCUUCGUGAUACUUAUGGUAUUAUUGCACCUUCUGGCUGGGAGAGUUUGGUUCCAAAGUCAUGGCCGACUUGGGAUGUCUAUUGCCGUUUUGAAGCAGAUAUGAAGAAGGAUAGGAGUGACACCAAUAGUAAUCGGCUUCAAAGUGUUAAGACGUAAAAUAGUAAGAUACAUGUGCAACUUGUUUGAACAUGCAAAUUCGAGUUUCUCUAUACUUGUAUAUAUUUUUUUUUUGUCCUGUGAUUUUGACUUUAUUAAAAAUUAAUUUUUCUUUUAAAUUUUUGAUAGAUGUGUGUGAAAAAGGAGAGAAUUGUUCAGAGGAAAGACAAUAUUAUGUUUGUGUUUGGAGGGACUGCUCUCCUUUUACGUCGUGCUUGCAAUCUCCCCUUUUUUUUUUUUAUCUCUUGUCAAAUAGUCCCCAGCAAUACUAAAUGGUAUUUAGUGUGUGGUUGUUUUUUGUUUUGGAAUACUAAAUGGUAUUUGGUUAUUUAUGCAAAAAAAAAAAAAAAAUUCAAAAACAAAAAACAACCAGAGACACUAAAUACCGUUCAGUAUUGCUGGGGCUAUUUGAUAGGAGAUAAAAAAGUGGUGGUUGCAUGCACGGUGUAAGAGGCCAGCAGUCCCUCCAAACAUAUCGUCUUCCAUCUAAACAAUUCUCUCCUUUUUCACACGCAUCUAUCAAAAUUUUAAAUGAAGAAUUAAUUUUUAAUAAAGGCGGAUCAUAGGACAAAUAAAUAAAUAAAGACAAAAAAAUUAUAUAUAUACAUGUACAGGGAAGCUCGAAUUUGCAUGUUCAAACAAGUUGCAUAUGUAUCUUAUUAUUUUAUGGCUGACACUUUGAAGCUGAUUACUAUUGUUGUCACUGCUAUCCUUCUUCAUAUAUGCUUCAAACCGACAAUAGACAUCCCAAGCCGGUCCUGACUUUGGAACCAAACUCCCCCAGCCAGAAGGUACAAUAAUAUCAUAAGUAUCACGAAGAUAUUCAUGUAUAUACUCGUCAAGAUACGAGGUAUCUAACCUUGCCGCACGUGAAAAAUAUUAUCCAACUUACGAAUGAAUUUAGAUUUUUCCAUUGUAUUCCAGAAAAAGAAUUAUCAAGUAGGCAAUCCAAAUCAACAUUAUUCCUACAAAAAGAAGAAAAAAAAAAAUAUAAAUAAAAAAAAGCUUUAAAAAAUAAAACUUACAAAUAAUUUUCAUCACACAGAGAAUACACAAAGCAGUACAAAUCAACUGGUACAGGCCGUUGAUGAAAACAAUUUUCCAACAUCUUUAUAAAACCAUCCCAAUUGCCACACGGCUUCAAUAAAAUUUCAAUGAUUAUUACCCUUAGUUCAACAAGCUCCUCAAAUACUUCGUAAAAAAAAAAAAAUCCGUAAAACAAAAAAAAACUUUUAUACCAAGAAAAGAAAUUAUUAAAAUAAAAAGUCUAAAAUAAAAAAAUAUAACUUGCUAAACAUACCAGAUUUAGGAUUAUGAAUUAAAAAAAAGUUUCGCACAAUUAUUGAUUACUGAAGUACUGCUAACCCUCAUUCCACUCACAAAUUGUAAUGAAUAUAUGUGCCGUAAUCCGUUAAAUAUAUCCUUACAUAACAACAAUUAUAACUAAUUGCAAAAAAUAAUAAUUACAAAGUAUUAUUAUUAAACAUAAUAAUUAGAAGAAAAACAAUACCUGAAAAUUGCACAAAAUUUGUCCUUGAUAAACUCAAACCAACGAGUGUAAGGCUUACCCUUUCUUAAAAAUGUUGUGUAUUUAUCUUGAAAAUACAUUGCCAAGUCGCGCCCUAAUCUUUUUACUAAUAAAAUGUUGUUAUCCAACAUGAAGACAUAUAACCCUUUGCAAGACUUCAAGCAGAUAAACCCUUCAAACGCCUCUUCAUCAGUUUUAUAAUCCAGUGUGCUAAUUUUAAAAGUGUAAUCCUUAACAUAGUUUUGCAUGGAGGUAUAACCAUAGGAAUGGUUUCCCAGGUCACCCUCAAGUACAUAAAUAACACUAUUAGAUUGUCUCUGAAGAGGAUGACUGAAUGGGUGUUCAUCACCCAAAUCCAUAUCUAUAGAAAAAUAAAAAUAAAAAAUUAUGAAGCAUAUCGCUGCAAAUAACAAAUUUUACUACAAAUAAUAGAAGUUAUAGAAUCACUAACCCACAAAUUUUAUAGAAUUUAAACUACAAAUUUGAAUAUUGAAUACAAACAAACAGUAAUAAAAUAUAAAAUUAAACCAAAAUCUAACAACCUCGCCCUAAUGUAUCUGUUAAAUCAAUAUUUCUAAAUAUCAAAUCAACCCUAAGGGUAGCUUUGAAGGCACCCUUUGGCUCAUUACGGUGCUCAUAAUGUCUCUAAAAAUUGUGGACAAACCAUAAAUCCGAGCAAAGGCCCUUUCAUAGUUUUCAACUACUUGAGUGAAUGAAAUAAAUAUAAAUUUUAGAAGUUCGGAAUCUCCUUUAGCUACCUCUCAAUAUGGCAAGCUUAUAUUUGCUCAUUUAUGUUUCAUGAGGAAUAUGGAACACUCAAUUCAAUAUUUGGUUUUAUUUUACUUCAUCAAUUUUAUUUUAUUUUUUUUGUUAGUUAUUCGGAGAAUCUUUCGUCAGAUCAAAUUUCCCCACCCAUGAAAGAGCAACAAUCCAAAACACAAGCACUUGCCUGUAAAUGCCCCAUUUUAUCUAUAUCUUAAGAUGUAUGAUGGCAUUCAAAACAACCUUAGAUGGAAAACAACAAUAAUUGUAUGUAAUACAUAAUAAGUCACUUUAUAAGUAGGCGUAAAGCCCUUUUUACUGCUACAUAUUUAUUUGAGAAUAUAACCAUCCAAACAAGUCUUGGAGAUUUGCAGAUGCCGUGUCAAUUUUAUUUUUUUUUACAAAUUAGAAUGAUAUUCAAGAUAGCCUAGGUUUAAUAAAAGGUUGCUUACCUUGCUUGGCCUUGCCAUGGUUGCCAGAUCUUUUCCUUUCAGCCUUUCGUACUUCCUUAGGAUUGUCGAGCACCUUGGUUUCCUCCAAAGGAGUUACAGAGACGCUUCCCUUCACUUCAAAAAAAUAGAAGCUGGGGUUGCAAACGCUUUCUUGAACACAUGGCAAGAACACCAUCCCAACUACCAGUAACUUGUUCAAAUUUAAACAUAAAUUACACAAACUAAAUGAAAGGUAAGAUGUAAGAAUUAAACCUUGUAACUUAAUUGAAUGUACCUUCACUUUAUCAUCGUCAUGCAAAAUCCAAUUUUCUUUCGCACGAUUGUAAACAAAACAGAUGUAGUGCUCUAGGCCAUAACAAACCUGAAAGGAAAUUUGUUAAUGAGAUAAACUAUUCUUGUGUCAUAUUAUUGAUUUAGUCCAAAAAUAUAACUAGUGAUGCCAAACUAGUAAUAGUGCAUAUGCUAUGCUACAGGGAAAGAAUGAGAAUUGAGUAUCAAUCAAGCAAGAAGACAUUCUUCAGUAAAAUGGAAAGAGAAAAAAAAAAUUAGCUCAAUCAUUCUGCUAAACCAACAUUUCACAAGAAGAAGAAAAAGUAACUUUAAAUGAAGUCCAUAAGCAACAAAACUUGGGAAAAUUUGUUUACUACAUCCAUCAUGAAAAAUGGAACUAAAUGAUAGAAGAGUAUAAAGCAAAGGCAAGUUUACAAUUGAAAUAACAUAACGUGUGUUUCUUGGAUCUAAACCCUCAUAGAUGACACUAAUAUUUAUCUUGGUACUCAGAGCUCCCAAUGUUGUAGAUAUUUUAUGUGCAGGCUUUUUAAGACUCCCAACUAAGAAUUGCAAUUAACAAAUCAAAAACUAGUAUACAAAGAACACAAAGAGUAAUGAAAUAUUUUUAAACAACUUAUAAUCUACUUGUCGUUUACACAUGUGGAGGAGUUGAAAGAAUACAAUGAGGAAUAUUUGGUUU